AUGAUCACUUCGAAUUCCGCUCCACUAGCGGAUCCAUACCUUCCUCUCCCCAUGCAUCUCCCACCGCCCGGUUUGCACCAAAUGCCCGUUGUUGCUGCGGCAGCGGACUCAACCUACGACGGCGUCCUCCAUUCGGAGGAUCCCCUCCUCAACCCCUCCAAGCAACAAUAUCCCCGCUUUUCCAAUCAGCAUCUCGCCACGCACCAACAACCACAGGCGCAGCAGUUGCCCCAUUUCUCAGCUGCGGAGAGCGUGCUCAGGUUUUUGGCAGCGACAGAGUCGAGUCAGGCGGAAAGUAUUCUAGCCGGUGGCGAAUUGGAUUCUUUUUUGGAUGAGGAAGCAGUGUACAGAACGAGUGCAGCAUUGAGGGAUGAUGAUAUGUUGGAGAGCCGGUUGACGGCCAAGUUUGCGGAAUUGGGUUUGGAAAGGGCCGUUUCAUUUGGAAGGGAUCGGAAUGGAUUUCAGCAAUCAAAUGGAUUCGGCAACUACUCAUCCGACGCACACCUAAAUGACACUACCGCCUCCGUCGUCCGCCCCUUCCUCUACGACGCAUUUUCCUCCAAAUACGGAGACGAUGACUACCGACCUCCCACAUCUAUGCAACCAAACUACAAGUCCUUCCGUCCCGGUGGUGCAAACCCGCCCAGGUAUAGAGAAGAGGACGACCAGGGAUUUAGACCUUACACGGCUGUUCCGCCGCCAGGCUACAUUUGCAAAUUAUGCUUUGUAGAAGGCCAUUGGCUCAAAAACUGCACAAUGUACCGCGAACGCCGACGUGAUAAUCUCUUUAUGCCCGCACCAACGACCAAACCCCGCACGCAACCCGCUCCUCUCCGCCCACCCCCUAAAACAACCAUCCCACCCGAUGGAUACGUGUGUCGCAAGUGCCAUACACCCGGGCAUUGGAUUCAACAGUGUUCGGCGCCACAUAGACAUUCCGUGCCGCCUGAGGGGUAUACGUGCAAGGUCAUUGGAUCCAUCAAUGUCCACAGCGACUCCCGAGAGCUUUCUGAUAUGGUCCUCUCGUACCGUCGCCUCUGA